CCGUUAUUGAUUGCCUGUUAUUGACAAGCCAGGUGCUGGUCAACCGCCACCCAACCCAUCCCGAAGCCCGAUUCCCAUCAAUGAUCAUUGUUAGAGUGGGCGAAGAUGUCCGUGACGUAGCCUGCUGUAACGGUAGCGUUAGGCCGUUGAAAAACUAAAUAUCCGACUUAUUUUAGGGAAUAGAAAAAAUAAAUGGAUGGAUAGAUGGAUGUAAGAAGAGCCGAAGAGGCGUAAAUUUAGGGAUAAUGGUCGGCUGAAAGGGCCAACAAGAGGCAGAGACCACCAAAGAAAUUAUUAUAUAGAUAUUGAUGUUAUAUAUGAAAUGGCUGGCCAUUUACGAAGAUUCAUGUCUUUUUGAUCCAGAUUUUGCUUCUAUAUUUGAUCGAAUCUGUGCCAGUCAACCUCUAUAUGCAUUUCCUUUGCCAUUUUUCUUCCUUUGCGAUUCGAUCGCAAACCCAGUCAGUCGCCUCUCUGCCUCUGCCUCUCGUUUCAUCCGCGGUCAUCCUCUCCAAGUGUCCUUCCUUGUUGUGGUUAACGCGCUUCUUCUGCAUUUUUUAGAAACAGAACUAAAAGCAGAGGCUCUUCGUCCAACACCUAUUUCGCCACCCUGGCUAUCGAUAAUUUGGCAUUGGGGAAAAGGCAGAAAGCAGCGCUAAGCACCAACACGGAGGGGUUUGCGACGGAUCCGUUGGUAGAAAUAAAGGGCUCUGAGUGUUUGGUGGGACUGGAAUGCUUUCUGAACAUGGUCAGAGCCCUAGGGAUGGGGUCGUGUCUCUCGGGGGACGUGGCCAGCGCCCACGCACUCCCUUAUGCUCUGGCAGCAGCAGCAGCAGUGACGGCACCCACAUCUGCUUCAGAUGUGGGCUCCGACAACAAGAGCGGGAAUUUAAGGAAGAAGAUGAGGAGGGACACCUCCUUUGAUACCAAGCUGGAGAUGUGGCUGCAUAGAGUACCGGAGAGGUUGUUCUUGAAUGGCUCCAGUGAGGUUGCAUCGCUGUUUAGUAAGCAGGGCAAGAAGGGGAUCAACCAAGAUGCUAUGAUUGUUUGGGAGAACUUUGGUUCGAAGACAGACACAAUAUUUUGUGGUGUUUUCGAUGGCCAUGGUCCUGCUGGCCAUAUGGUUGCGAAGAAGGUGAGAAAUUGUCUUCCAUUGAAGUUGAGUGCUCAGUUGCAGCUAAAUAGUAUCCUUAAGGAUAAUAUCAGAAGUAACCAUUAUGAUAUUAGAAGUAAUGCCUUGGAAAGUGUAGCGUCUGAAGAAACUGCCCCCACAGCAACUGAUGAGGAAGCCAGGAAUUUUAAUUAUAAGGACAAUCACACUGAUAUUUUUAUGAUAAUGAGAGAAUCAUUUCUGAAGGCAUUUAAGGUUAUGGAUAAGGAACUGAAACUACAUCCUUCAAUUGAUUGCUAUUGCAGUGGGACAACAGCAGUUACACUGGUCAAGCAGAAACAGGAUCUUGUUAUUGCAAAUAUUGGGGACUCCAGAGCUGUAUUGGGUACCAGAGAUGAAAAUGGUUCUCUCAUUGCGGUUCAGUUGACUGUGGAUCUCAAACCAGAUCUUCCAAGGGAAGCAGAGAGGAUUAGACGACGUAAAGGACGGAUCUUUGCCCUUCAAAAUGAGCCCGAGGUUGCUAGAGUUUGGCUGCCCAACUAUAACUCCCCUGGCCUUGCAAUGGCUCGUGCUUUUGGAGAUUUUUGCCUUAAAGACUUUGGCUUGAUCUCUGUCCCUGAUAUUUCGUAUCGUCACUUGACAGGAAAGGAUGAAUUUGUAGUAUUGGCUACAGAUGGGGUUUGGGAUGUCCUUUCAAACAAAGAAGUUGUUGACAUAGUAGCAUCAGCCCCAGAGUCUGCUGCGGCUCGUGUGCUGGUUGAGGUAGCCGUUGCUGCUUGGAAGUUGAAGUUCCCGUAUGCCAAGGUUGAUGACUGUGCUGUAGUUUGCCUAUUCUUGGACUCAAAUUCAAACCAUUACUCUGCUUCCAAUUCCACGCAAUGAGACAGAGACGUCAGAGUACCAAUCUGACAUUGGAUAUAAGAAAUUAUUUUUCUGGACCAAUGGGCAUGGACCAUUCAGGUACCUGUAUAUUACCCCCAUUAGAGAUUUAUUUUUAUGAAUGGUGCUAGCGGGCCGACCAGCACUUACAGCUGGAUGAACUGAUAACACAAAUAUGAAGAUGGUUUUUUUUAUCA